CUGUGCCCCCCCCGCCGCCGGCACGGCCCCGCCCCCGCUGCCCCGGUGGUGGCCCCCGGCCCCCCGGCUGCCCGUGGUCAAACUGGAGUCGCUGAAGCGCUGGAACGAGGAGAGGGGCCUGUGGUGCGAGAAGGGCGUGCAGGUGCUGCUGACCACGGUGGGCGCCUUCGCCGCCUUCGGCCUCAUGACCAUCGCCAUCAGCACCGACUACUGGCUGUACACGCGCGCCUUCAUCUGCAACACCACCAACCUCACGGCCGGCGACGACGGGCCGCCGCCCCGCGCGGGCUCCUCCGAGAAGAAGGACCCCGGCGGCCUCACGCACUCGGGGCUCUGGCGCAUCUGCUGCCUGGAAGGGUUGAAAAGAGGCGUCUGCGUGAAGAUCAACCAUUUCCCAGAGGACACGGACUACGACCAUGACAGCGCGGAGUAUCUGCUCCGGGUGGUCCGGGCCUCCAGCAUCUUCCCCAUCCUCAGCGCCAUCCUGCUGCUGCUCGGGGGCGUGUGCGUGGCAGCCUCCCGGGUCUACAAGUCCAAGAGGAACAUCAUCCUGGGCGCGGGGAUCCUGUUCGUGGCAGCAGGCCUGAGCAACAUCAUCGGCGUGAUCGUGUACAUCUCAGCCAACGCGGGCGAGCCGGGCCCGAAGCGGGACGAGGAGAAGAAGAACCACUACUCGUACGGCUGGUCCUUCUACUUCGGCGGGCUGUCGUUCAUCCUGGCCGAGGUGAUCGGCGUGCUGGCCGUCAACAUCUACAUCGAGCGCAGCCGCGAGGCGCACUGCCAGUCUCGCUCGGACCUGCUCAAGGCCGGCGGGGGCGCGGGCGGCAGUGGCGGGAGCGGCCCCUCGGCCAUCCUCCGUCUGCCCAGUUACCGCUUCCGCUACCGCCGCCGCUCCCGCUCUAGCUCCCGCUCCAGCGAGCCGUCGCCGUCGCGGGACGCGUCCCCCGGCGGUGCCGGGGGCCCGGGCUUCGCCUCCACGGACAUCUCCAUGUACACGCUCAGCCGCGACCCGUCCAAGGGCAGCGUGGCCGCGGGGCUGGCGGGGGCUGGCGGCGGCGGCGGCGCGUACGGCGGCGCGGCGGGGAGCGCGGGCGGCGGCGGGGCGGGCGCCGAGCGGGACCGCGGGGGGGCGCCCGGCUUCCUCACGCUGCACAACGCCUUCCCCAAGGAGGCGGGCGGCGGCGUCACGGUCACAGUCACGGGGCCGCCCGCCGCGCCCGCGCCCGCGCCUCCAGCUCCCGCCGCGCCCGCUCCCGGGACCCUGGCCAAAGAGGCCGCCGCCUCCAACACCAACACGCUUAACAGGAAAACCACGCCGGUGUAGGCGCGGGCCGAGGGGUGUCCGGGCGCGUGCGCUGGCGCGCGUGCAACCAGGCCGCCGGGUGGGGCGCCCUCCCUCCCCGGAGCGCGCUGGAGACUGCAGGCCCCGCGCGCCCCGUCCGGCCCCGCCCUGCGAGGCGGGGACCCCAGGGCGGGGCACGCGCGGCAGGGAGGGGCCCUCGGGAGGAGCGCCGGGUUUUAUUUUGGGCGGGAGGUGGGAGGGGGGUGGGCUGUGGUGUUUUUUGCAGUUUUGAGAUGUUUUCUUUUUAAUGUUUUGCUGUGUGCAUGUGGUGGCGGGGCGGGGGGAGGGAGGGACCCCCAGCCCAGCCCAGCCCAGCUCCUGGAGAGGGGCCCAUGCACAGGAGCACAGUUACCACUGCGAACUAUCUGUGUGUCCUGCAUAAAGAGACGGACAGGAAAAGAGGAGGGGGACGCAGACAGGCAGAUGACAGGGGAUGGACGCGGGCAUUCAUUCAUUUUUUUCAUUCAUUAUUCCUCAAGGGCUUAUUAAGCGCCUGCUGUGCAUCAGGAAGGCGCCCAGAGAGGGAACAUAAACAGGCACAGAGAGUGACUCGUUUGUUCAUUACAGGCAAUUUAUUCGUGUACCUAAGGGCUAGGCAUUGUGCUGAACGCUGAGCUUGCCGAAGGGAGGAAGACAGACAGGGUCCUCCGCCGCCUCAGAGAGUUUAACCUCUGAUGCAGGAGACAGGCAUUUGCGGGAGAACUGUAAAAGGGCUUUGGUUACAGUUAGGACAUAGGGGAAAUCUAAAAUGCUACCUAAUGCAAACUCCAGGGAGGCUUAACCCAGUUUAAAAGGAAGGGAUGAUUUAUCUGAUACUGAAAGAAUGAUAAGAAACCAGCCAGCUGAAGCUGGGGGGACGUGUCCUAGCCAGGAAACAGCAUACGCAAAGGUCCUGGGGAGGAAGAGCUUCUAGAGAAGGCUAACCUGUGGUGAGCCAGCUGCAGAUGGAACAGAAACUGGAGAGGUAAGCAGGGCCAGACUGGCCAGGGACUUGUAGGUUAGGUCAGGAGCUUAGAUUUUAUUUUGAGGGCAGCGGGAAGCCAUGGAAUGACUUUAAACAGGAGAAUACAUGAAUGGUGUACUACGGAGUUGGCAGGGUGGGGCCGGAACUCACAACAGUGAGAGGCAGACACUCACUGGAAUUCAGCAUCAAACAAGCCCUGGCCCUUGAAACACAGUCGUGGGAGGAAGCAGAUAAUUCCACAAAUGCCAAAGCCCAGUGUGCAGGAUCAGCCCUGGGACCCACAGAUGUGUGUUUGACUCAUUAAUUCAACCACUCACUGGUUGACAUUUUUGCGCCUCUGCUAAGGUGCCAGGCAGUAUGUUAGAACCAGGAUCCCCUGAGGUGAGGCAGACUCCCUGCUCUCAAGGAGGUGUCAAGAACUGCCAUCCAGGCAGGGCGAUUGGGACCACGAUGGGCACCGUGGAUAGAGAACACAGGGCCCAAAUGUCAGGAGUGGGCAGUCCUCAGGGCAGUCUUCCCAGGGAAUCUCACACCCAGCCUGGGUUUCAAAUGGAUGAGUAGGAGUCUGCCAGGUGAGGAAGGGGGCAAGAAGGGCUUUGGGGGCAGAAGGACAACUCGAGCUAAAGCUGGGGGAGUGACAGCAUGCUGCAUUGGGACAGGGCUCAUAGAUCUGGGACACCGAAGGAUGGGGUUGGGGGCAGGCAGGGCCAGGGUUGAAGGUGCUGGAGUUCCAGGCUGAGGGCUUCGUGCUCUAUUCGAAGGGUAGCAGGAGGCACAGGAGUUGAAAGUGGGUUUCCCUUCCCUUGAUGAGCAGAUGUUCCCUGAGGUCUCCCACGGGAGAGGCCCAGUGCUCACGAGGCUGGGAGUGCGGAGUGGCUCAGAGCAUGCCCUGCCCUCAGGGGCUCCCAGGCUGGUGGGAAGAUGGACAUGGACUGGGAGAAGUGUGUGAUGGUGCCGUGCUGCCGGGGGCUCUGUCAGCCUUUCUGUUGAUAAUACGGGGCAGCAGAAGGGUGGAAUGGGGAGAUGGGGUCAGACGGGUAUUGGGGAUUUCUUUCUGGGGCCUGUGUAGCUGGACUAGAAAGGAGGGUAGGGACCAUGGGGACAGUUUCAGGGGGAGAGGCUGGAAAAUGUGGCGAAAGGAAUGCAAGCACGUAUCGGUGGAGUUGAAAGAGAGUUUGCUGGCAGACGGUUCUUUGGUGGAGAUGGGGGUAAACCUGGUUAGGGGGUGGUGGGUGCUAGGAAGCAAGGGCCAGCAGCAAGGAAGAGGUGGAAGAUGGGCCAAAGGGGGACCGGGAGUAGACGGAAAGGGGGGACGGGGGUAGAAAAGACCAAACCGAGGAGAGUCACAGAGACGCAGAGAAAGAGUGAAGGCCCCGGAAGGUGGUCCAGUGUGGAGAACAAAAGGGACCUCAGAGUCGCAGAAAAUACACAGAGAUGUGUCCAGAGGCAAUGUGAAGACUUUGAGGCAAGUGUAGCAGAUAAGAGUGACCCAUUGCUGGUUUGCUCAUUUGUUUUCAGUAUUCAGAAAUAUUGAGUGCCAGCCUGUUCUAGAGCCAGUCUAGGCCCAAGGAAUAUGGGGGUGAAGAUGGUCAAGGUCCUGCUCUCCCUCAAGGAGAGGCAGUAAGAACUUCAGUUACUGGGAAGUGCUUUCAAAGCUAAGCAGGCUGUGGUGGCAGGGACAGGCAGGGACAGGACGGGGUGCCUCUAGAAGACCUCACCGCAGGUAAUGUCUGAACAGAGACCCGGGCUGUGGGAAGGACGGGGCCAGGACAAGCGAUCUGGUACCAUAGGCAGCACCACAGCCCCGAGGAGUCGCAGGUCUGCGAGGACUCCCGUGGUGGGUGGACUAACGUGGUGAGCCACGGGGCCUGAGGACAGAAGUGUAGGCUGGGGCCUGGUUGCGUGGGGGCCUCGUGGCCUUGGGAAGAAAUUUGAAUUUUAUUCUAGACUCUGAGGGAAGACUGAGCACAGGGAGGACAUGAUUGUAUUACUGAACACAGCACGAACAGCAAACGGAACAUCUGUGCUGAGACAAGAUUUCAGAGUGAAAAGGCGAGUGAGGAGCUAGGGGACUGUUGUCCUGUCCCAUUGAGGCAGAUGGCAGCCUGGCCCAGGGUGCAGUCAGGGAGGAAGGGGAGUGAAUUGGGCAGAAGAGGGAGUGAGAAACCCAGGAAGCUUUUUCACUGGCCUUGCACCACUUGGGUGGGGGCUGCUGUGUAUCGCCCAGCAUGGGCCCUGGGGGAGGGGAUCAGGAUCUGGGUGGAAGAAACCCAGCCCCCUCCCCCACCCAUGGCACAUUGGGUUGCCUGAGAAAGCCAAGUUGGGCAUGGGAUAGCCAGUGGGAUGUGUGAGCCUGCAGCAGAGGCCAGGGCUGGAAAUGCCAGUUGUGGAAACAUCAGCAUAUAGGAGACAUUGAAAGCCGCAGGACCGGAUGAGGUGACCUAGAGGUUGGGUGCAGACAGAGGUGGUCCUGGGGACAGCCCUGGGAUAUGUGCAUCAGCAGGAGACGAUGUAGCCAGGAGCAACCGCGAGGUAGGUGGAGGCCAGAAGGAACGCCAGCUGUGCCAAAUACUGCCAAGGCCUGAGAAGCCAGGAGCAAAGUGAUGUUCGGUUUGAUGACGGGACCGCGAUAAGAGGUCAUUUCAGUGGUGAGGCCAGAUGGCUGCU